CGCACGCGCCAGUUUGCGGCCCUAGUCACGUGGAGGGGUUGAAGAUGGCGGCUGCCCAGGCAGUGGAGGAAAUGCGGACCCGCGUGGUUCUGGGGGAGUUCGGAGUUCGCAAUGUUCAUACCACCGACUUUCCUGGUAACUAUUCGGGCUAUGAUGAUGCCUGGGACCAAGACCGCUUCGAGAAGAAUUUCCGUGUGGAUGUAGUGCACUUGGAUGAAAACUCAUUGGAAUUUGACAUGGUGGGAAUCGAUGCAGCCAUUGCCAAUGCUUUUCGACGCAUUUUGUUAGCUGAGGUGCCAACCAUGGCUGUGGAAAAGGUCCUGGUGUAUAAUAACACGUCCAUUGUGCAGGAUGAGAUCCUUGCUCAUCGCCUGGGGCUCAUUCCCAUUCAUGCUGAUCCCCGUCUUUUUGAAUAUCGGAACCAAGGAGAUGAAGAAGGUACAGAGAUAGAUACUCUACAGUUUCGGCUUCAGGUCAGGUGCACUCGGAACCCCCAUGCUGCUAAAGAUUCCUCUGACCCCAAUGAACUCUACGUGAACCACAAAGUGUACACCAAGCACAUGACAUGGGUGCCCCUGGGGAAUCAGGCUGACCUCUUCCCAGAGGGCACGAUCAGACCAGUGCAUGAUGAUAUUCUCAUUGCUCAGCUGCGGCCUGGCCAGGAGAUUGACCUACUCAUGCACUGUGUCAAGGGCAUUGGCAAAGAUCAUGCCAAGUUUUCACCUGUGGCAACAGCCAGUUACAGGCUUUUGCCAGACAUCACGCUGCUUGAGCCUGUGGAAGGGGAGGCAGCAGAGGAGCUGAGGCGGUGCUUUUCACCUGGUGUUAUUGAGGUCCAGGAAGUCCAAGGUAAAAAGGUAGCCAGAGUCGCCAAUCCCCGGCUAGAUACCUUCAGCAGGGAAGUGUUCCGGAACGAGAAGCUGAAGAAGGUUGUACGACUUGCUCGGGUCCGGGACCACUAUAUCUUCUCUGUUGAGUCGACAGGGGUGUUGCCACCGGACGUGCUAGUGAGUGAAGCCAUCAAGGUACUUAUGGGGAAGUGCCAGCGGUUCUUGGAUGAACUAGACGCGGUUCAGAUGGACUGACAUUUGCACUGGACUGUCCAGCAUGGCUGGACUGGGAGACUCCAGUAUCCUAGCUGAAGAUUUUGGGUCCUGACUUGCUCUCACAGGGCCGCUGAGGCCAGUGUGACUGGAGGUCCUGGGUUUUCUGGGACAAUUCCAGACUUAUUUUCAGCCAAUACAUUUUGUUAAAUGUGCCACAAAAUGGGACUUCCUGCCUUUGUAAGGCCUUAAUGUAAAUAAACUUACAUCCAAAUACA